ACAUCGGCACUCUCUCUCUCCCCCCUCUCUCUCUCUCAUCGCUUUCUCUCUCUUCUGCAGAUCCCUGAGGCCGUGCCCUCGGCCGAGUCGCCGAUCUCACGGAGGAAAGCCCUAAUUUUGGCUAGUUCGAGGGUAAAUCUUCGAUUGCUCGAAAUCUCGUUGAUAGUUGAGAAGCGGGUUGCUUGGAGGUUUUUUGUACCUGGAUUGGAUUGGAUGAUUAGAGUGGUAUAGGAGGAAAGGUUUUUGGUUACAUCAUGGGGAGUAGUGAAGUGGAUAAGUCCUCCAGGGAGGGGAAAGAAUCGAAAGAGCCAAAAACACCUACAGCACAGGAGCAAACUUCAGCUGCUACUGGUGCCAUGGCUCCUGAUUGGUCUGGAUUUCAGGCAUAUUCUCCUAUGCCGCCACCUGGAUUCAUGGCAUCAAGUCCACAGACGCAUCCUUAUAUGUGGGGGCAAUUUAUUCCUCCCUAUGGCACACCACCACCACAUCCAUAUGUUGCAAUGUAUCCCCAUGGGGUAUAUGCGCAUCCAUCAAUGGGUUCUUAUCCUUUCAGCCCUUUUGCCAUGCCUUCUCCUUCUAGUGGUAUUGCUGAAGCAUCGAGUAACACUCCUGGUGUGGAUUUGGAUGGCAAGCCAUCGGAGGCAAAGGGAAAACUGCCAAUUAAACGAUCCAGGGGAAGUUUGGGCAGUUUAAAUAUGAUUACCGGGAAGAAUAAUGAACCUGGCAAAACAUCAGACACCACUGCAAACGGUGUGCAUUCUAAAAGUGCUGGGAGUGGGAGUGAAGGCUCAAGCGAAGGAAGUGAUACGAAUUCUCAAACUGAAUCCCAAGGAAAGACUGGUGGCCAGCAUGAUUCAGAAGAACCAGCUCAGAAUGGCAGCACUGCUCAUAGUGCUCAAAGUGGUGCACCGAAUACUCCUAAUGUCGUAGCAGGUCAAACUAUGACUGUUAUGCCGAUGCCAGCAGUGGGUGCAAUGAGUGGUCCUCCUGGUCCCACUACUAACUUAAAUAUCGGAAUGGAUUAUUGGAGUGCUGCUGCACCUUCUCCUGCCAUCCCUACAAUGCGGGGAAAGGUGCAGCAACCUGCCGCAGUUGCUGGAGGAGUUGUUGCUACUACUGGUUCACGAGACAGCGCGCAGCCACAACACUGGAUUCAGGAUGAAAGGGAGCUGAAAAGACAGCGGAGAAAGCAAUCAAACCGGGAAUCUGCUCGCCGGUCCAGAUUGCGCAAGCAGGCUGAGUGCGAUGAACUGGCUAAACGCGCUGAUACUCUGAAAGAGGAAAAUGCAUCUCUCAGGGCAGAAUUGGAACGUGCAAAGAGUGAAUACGAACAACUUCGCGCUGAGCACGCAUCUUUGCAGGAGAAACUCGGAGAACACAAUGGUCAAGAAGAUCCGAGAUCCAAUGGGGAUGAACAAGCUGAUAGCAGGAAGAGCGCACAGUGAAUCUGCGGCGUUCUUGUCACAAGACGGAAUUACAUUGCUCAACCUAACUUGUAGUGACAGGAAAACUCAGACAUUUUAUAUACUACUACUACUAUAUGUGUAGCUAAAAUUGAAAUUUAUCGACACUGACCGUCUUGUCUUAGUCUCAGGACAUGAAUGCCAUCCGUUGUUCUCUCUUCGACCAGUCUUUUGUGGUGUGAGAAUGUGGAUGGAGUGAGUUAGAGGUAGUCAGCCGAAGCCGUAUGUGCUUUGCCCCGUCUUGAUGAUUCUUGUGAAACAAUCUGUUUUUUUUUUUUUUUUUUUUUUUUAUGUGUAACAAAAUAUACUUUAGGGUGAGUUUGAUGAUGGAUAAUGUGGAGAGUUUAACAACCUUGUAUUGUUAUUUGUAAUACAGAUCCCCUGUUCGAAAACGGAUUUUAUUUGAUGUCUUUUAGCAAACUAACAAUUUACUUGAA